AUGUGCGAUGUCGAGAGUUACAUAUACAUGCCACUGUUGGAAGAAACAGGAUACAUGUCCAAGCAUAAAUACGCCUAUGGCGAGGAGCUUCGGGAGCAGGCGAACCGUGUUGCGCGGCAAUGGUCUUUGGACGGCCGAGCCAUGUUCCGUACCGUCAUCAGUCAAUGCACCUGGGAUGACAACACCGCCGGGUGGACUGUCAAAAUGACCCAAAAAGCCUUCUCGGGAGAGACAACAACGGCGAGUGUGCGCGCCGACUUUGUCAUGUUGGUGCCAGGACUGCUCAACCGUCCGAAGCUGCCAAAACUCCCUGGCUGGGGAAAUUUCCAGGGUCCGAGCUUCAUGACUUCACGCUGGGACUACAAUGUCACGGGCGGGAGCCAAGAAGCGCCAGAGAUGAGCAAACUGCAGGAUAAGAGGGUUGGCAUCAUAGGCACCGGGGCCUCUGCUGUCCAAGCGGUGCCACACCUGGCCAGGUGGAGCAAAGAACUGCUAGUAUUUCAAAGAACGCCGGCAUCGGUUGACGUUCGAGCCCAGAAGGCAACUGAUGAGAAGGAGUGGAAGCAGAAGAUCUCUACGGGACCCGGUUGGCAGAUGGCUCGAAGUCGGAACUUUGCAUCCUUCCUAGCCAACACGCAGCCACCGGAGCCUGUGGACCUAGUAUCGGAUAGUUGGACAAGCUUUCCCUCUUUCAGCGUUCUGACGGGUGGAGCCAAAACAAUAGGCAUAGAUGAGAUUCCUGAUCACGCCGCCAACUUGCAUCGGUUGGACAUGCCGCGCGCGGAGAGGAUCCGAGCAAGGGUUGACGAGCUUGUUCACGACCAAGAGGUCGCCGAGAAGCUCAAGGCGUGGUACCCAGGGUGGUGUAAGCGGCCGGCGUUCCACGACGAGUACCUCCAAGUUUUCAAUCUGCCCAACGUCAAACUCGUGGAUACGAAUGGGAAGGGCGUUGAGAGAUUGACUGACACUGGCGUCAUGGCAAAUGGCAGAACGUAUGACGUGGAUGUGCUCAUCUGGUCAACAGGGUUCGAGCAGGGUGUGCUCGGCAGCCCAGGAGCUCGGUGUGGCGUCAAAGUCAUAGGGCGAGCCGGCUUGGACAUGGAGUACAAAUGGUCCAAGGGAGUAGCCACAUUACAUGCCAUCUGCACAAACGGCUUCCCUAACAUGUUCUUCGCGAGCGCUAACCAAGCAGGUGCAUCGCCUAACUAUACACCUACUCUGGAAACCUUUGCCCGGCACAUUGCUAAGAUCAUCUCUGAAAGUACUCGGCGGAUUGGCAAGGCCCAGCCGACUGCCAAGGCGGUCAUUGAGGCGACGCAAGAGGCAGAGCAAGACUGGUCCAGGCGCGUCAUGGUUGGGGCACCGACCCUAGCGCCCAUGGCCGGAUGCACGCCUUCGUACUACAACGCCGAAGGAUCUUUGGAUAACAUGUCAAGAGAAGAACAGAUGCUUGCGGCGCCGGCAGGGCCCUGGCCGGCAGGGCUGAACAAUUUCAUGGAUGUCCUGGAGGAAUGGAGGAGCCGGGAUGGCGAGCUAGAAGGGUUGCACGUGUCAGGGGUACAGGUAGACUAG